AUGUCUUCGGUGAAGCAAUUGCUCAAGGCAGCCAAGGCAGCGAUCGAAUCCAACGAUCCGGAAUCAACCUUGGAAUUUGCUAAGGAGAUUUUGGCUGAGGAGAAAGACAAUUAUUUUGCAUACCUUUUUCAAGGAAAAGCAUAUCAGCUUCUAGAUAGACCAGAUCAAGCUAAAAGCGCAUUUGAACGAGCUCUUGAUAUACAACCUGAUGCCUUAGUUGGAUGGAAAGGCUACUAUCAAUUGUUGUUAUCGGGGGAAGAUUAUAGUUCCAUUUUUCAAGCAUUAGCGUCUUUGAUUGAAGUGCAGAUUGAACAGGGCCUUUCGUAUGCUGGAUCAUUAAAUGACUUGAGAAAUUAUUUGAAUAAACAUAAAUAUAAGUCCAAUGAUGAUUUAAUGGAAUCUUAUUUAAGAAACAUCAUUCCAGGAUCGAGGUUGGGUGAAAUUGUUGGCAAUGAUUUGGGAAGGCCUGAAGAUAAUUUGAAAAAAUUGAUUGAUUUAUUGAAAAAUCAAGAAAAGACUCAUGUUUCAAGUGUUAUUUCGAAAGCAAAAAUGAAAUUGCCCAGAUCAUUGAACCAACAACAUAAAGAUCACUUGAAUUCACUUAAAUGGUCAAUUUACGAAAAAUCAGAUUUAAGCCAUUUGUACGAGAGCUUUCUCAAUUGUUGUUCUGAUGAUCAAUUGAGAAGAAAAUAUGAAGAAGAGCUACUCAAAUACAAGUAUGAAUUGAUUGAAUGUUCUCCAAAUAAGAAGGGCUUGUUCAAUGACCUUAAAGUAAUGGUGGAUGACAUGGUUUUGGUGAAGAGUCGUAGUCUACUUGUAUGGUCCCUUUAUUAUGACUGGAUGGAUGUGAAGAACCUUAGUGAUCUAGAAUUAGAUAAUAUCAUCGAAUUCUUGAGUCAUAACAAACAUUACGGUUUGGGUAUGGUUUUUUAUGCCUUUUUGAUGAGUGAUAUCAGUCCAUUCAGUAAAGAAGUUGUACAAGAGAAAUUAUCCCAGAUUGAUAACAGUGAGCAAAAUAUUCCUAAAAGAAGAAGAAGAAGAAGUAAGAAAAAUGAUCCCGAAUUGUCAAAAGAACAAGAAGAAGAAGAAAAAUUGCUUGAUUCUGAUGAUGAUGAUAGUGUUGAUCUUUCUCCAGAAGAUGUUUUGGCAAUGAUGUUGGCAGGUUUCAAAAUGUGUAAAGACUCAGUUUUAGCAAACCGUAUUGUCAUUUCCUUUUUAAUUCAUUUGAAAGAAUAUUCUGAUGCUGCUGAACGAAACCGUGUUGCCAUUAAGCUUCUAGCAGACUUACAAAGAAACAAAGAAGUUGAUUUGGUAAACAGCAGAGAAGAUUUACUUUGCUCUUUAGCAAUAAUUUAUACUUAUCAUGAGGCUCCAAAGAAUUUCCCUAGGGCACUUCAGUUGUAUGAUCGUAUUCUUGAAUCAAAUUCUAACACUAAAGCUAAAAUUGGUAAAGGGUUGAUUUUGAUUGAAAAGAGAAACUUUUCUGGUGCUAAAGAUUUAUUGCAAGAAGUUAUUGAUGAAGACCCAAAGAAUAAUGAAGCACUUAUCGAAGUAGGUUGGUGUCAAGUUAAACUCGGUGAUUAUAGUAGUGGUAGAGCUAACUUGUUGCAAGCUUUGGAAAAAGUCGAAGGCGUUAGUUUGAAUAGUUGUGAAUUAAGAGCUAUUAUACGCUGGAGAAUAGCUCAAACUUAUAUUUUGGAAAAUGAUAUCGAUGGUAUUAAUGAAGCUUAUGGACAACUUAUUAAAUCUUUGAAAGACCUGAAGAACUAUGCACCUUCAUAUACUAGUCUCGGUUUGCUUUAUCAAGAUCAUUAUGAUGAUAAAGCAAGAGCUCAAAAGUGUUUUUACAAAGCUUUUGAGUUAGACCUGGCCGAACUCACGUCAGGGAAAUAUUUGGUAGAAGACCUUACAAAGAAAAAUGAAUGGGAUAUCGCUGAAAUAUUGUGUCAACGAGUCGUUACUGAUGAAAAAUCACGUCGUAAAUUAUUUAGUCACAACUAUGAGGAUCCAGAUAAAUCGUGGCCAUUUAGAGUCUUAGGUUGUUCUGCUUUGAAUAAGCAAGGAGACGCCAAAGCUAUUGAAUGGUUUCAAAGUGCAUUAAGAAUGAAAGCAAUGGAUAUUGAAUGUUGGAUUGGAUUAGGUGAAGCUUAUUAUAAUUGUGGUAGAUUUGAUGCUGCAGCUCGUGUUUUUCAGCAUGUUCUUACAAUGGACGAAAACCUGUGGAUUGCAAAAUUCAUGCUUGGAACUGUCACUUGUGAAACUGGAGAAUUCAUGGAAGGGCUUGAGUUAUUGGAGCAAGCUUUAAGUAUAAGACCCAACGAGGAAUGUAUUUUGACUAGUCUUUAUGAAAGUUAUUUUGGCUACACAAACCAAUUAUUAACAACUGGAUUCAUUGGUCGUGCUAAUGACAGUAACCUUAAGACAAUUGAUUACAUUCACAAAGCAGUGAAAGUCAAUAGGAGAUCACAAAUAUUAUGGAAAACUUUAGGUGAAAGUUUGAGGUUUUUCAUUAGUGUUCAAGAAAAGUUAGAGUCAUUUCCUUAUGAAAAGCUUUCUGAAAUUUUUGAAAAUGUUGACCUAAGCACAGAAGAGGCGAUAGAAUUAUUCAAAAAUGAACAGUACAGCGAGUCUAUUAGUUCCUUAAUUAUCUUGAGUGCCCAGGCUGCAAUCAAUGUCUUGCCUAAUAAAUCCAGUAAACAUUUAAGAUCUAUAACAAGCUACAAUUUAGGUUUAGCUUAUUUAGAAGGUUAUAAUGUUUGUGAUAAUAUUGAGUACAGAACAAGUGCUAUAACCCAUAUUAAAAAAUCUGUUCAAUUAGAGUCAAACAAUGUAUCAUUUUGGGUUGCAUUGGGUAAUUGCUAUGUAUCAUUCAACCCUCAAAUUGCCCAACAUUGUUUUAUUAAAGCAUCAACUCUUGAUAGUAGAGAUGGAGGUAUUUGGACAAACAUUGCCGCACUUUACUUACGUUAUGGGGAUGCAGAACUUGCCCAGGAGGCGUUUAUGAGAUCCCAAUCGAUUGCCCCAACACAAUCACAAUCAUGGUUAGGGCAUGCAUUAACUGCCCAAGCCAAAGAUGAAGAUGCUUCUAAUUUAUUCACCCAUGCAUAUAUUUUAUCGAAUGGUAAAUCACCAUUAGCACAAUUAAUGUAUGGGUUAUCUGUACUUGAUAGAGUUGAAAUUGGAGGAAGCGAUCCGAGAGAUAUUGAAGCAUCUCAAGAAUUUAGUAUUGCUAAUUUUGCCAUGCAAAAAUUUUUAAAAUUCAAACCAAAUGAUGAGUUAGGAUUGAAAAUUGCCAUUACUGUUGCUGAAAGAUGUAGAAAUUACCAAAUUUCUAUUGAGCUAGGUGAAAGGCUUUGUAAAAUUUUAGAAAAAAAUUAUGAAAAUAGUGAAAGUGAGGUUACAUUAACUGAAUUUGCAAAAUCAAAAACUCAAUUAGCAAGACUGUAUUUGGGUAUAGGUGAUUAUGAACAUGCAAUUGAGAAUGCUCAAUUUACUUUGGAUGUUUUAGAUAGUGAAGAAGAAUCAUCUAUAUUAUCAUCUAGAAUAGUUAUUGGGCUUUCAUUCUUCUUUAAUGAUCAAUUUGGAGAAGCAUUAGAUGAAUUCAAGAGUAUUUUGAAACAUAAUGUUUCAAAUAGAAUUAUUUCAUUAAUAUCCCAAAUAUUAUACGCUUACGGAACUGAAGAUACAAAACAAGCAGCAUUAGAUCAAUUAUUCACUCACAUCGAAGAAAACGGAUCCUCACUUUUGGUUGUUUUAACAUUAGGUGCAAUCUCAAUUGUCGACGAUUUGACUGACUAUUUAGAACCCAUUAAAGAAGAAUUACAAGGAUUAUCACUACCAGAAUUAAUGAAUGACACAAGGAGAAUUGUCCCACAGCUUCUAGAUGAAAUUAAUAAUCGUAUUGGUAAAAAAGAACAAACCUGGCAAAGAAGUGCAUUACUUUUCCCAUCCGAUUAUAAUGUAUGGAGACAUUUAAACAGUAGAAUGGCAUUAACCGUUUCUUCAUUAAACGAAACAAAACAAAAUGCAUCAGCAUUAUCCGAUAUCUAUGUCUCCAACGGUAGACUCCGUGAAAUACAACGAGGUAUCAUGUUAUGCCCCGACAAUCAAAUUGCCAUUAAGUCAUUAAACGGUUGCUUUAACUAG